AUGGUCUCCCUCUUGAAUCCUGGCUUACCUCUGUUGUCGCUUCAAGAUAUUUUAGAUAGUGCCGGGCGCCUUGUGGAUAAACACAUUCAAGAUGACCGUUCUUAUCUGGAUUUGGUGGACCUGCUGAACAUCGCAUCUGACACACACCCAACUUUGAGUGGCUUGUAUGAUCAUGACUACCCAAGCCUGUCUGAUGUUGGAUUUGGUCUGGACUCCCUCUCAGAAAUAUCAGUGUGGAAAAAAGUUCCACUGCCACCUGAACUGGUGGAACAGUUUGGACGUAUGCAGUGUAACUGCAUGAUGGGUCUGUUCCCAGAGAUAGAGAGAGCUUGGCUGACAAUCGACAGUGAUAUAUUUGUAUGGAAAUAUGAAGAUGGCUCUGAUCUGGCAUACUUUGAUGGACUGGGUGAGACUAUACUGAGUGCUGCUUUAUUGAAACCAAAAACAGGUAUCUUCCAGCCACACAUCCAAUUCCUGAUGUGUUUAGCAACUCCAGUCGACAUUGUAUUACUGGGUGUUAGUUUUCACAAGUCUGCAGAUGCUGGAGCCACUGGUGACUACCUCACAGGGGAGAUGCAUCUUCUGCCAGAACCCCUCUUCUCUAUUCCAACGGAUGGUGUCUAUAUCACCAGCAUUGUGGGAACUGAUAAUGGCCGGGUCUUUAUGGCUGGCAAAGAUGGCUGCUUGUAUGAGCUUAUUUAUCAGGCAGAGGAUGGAUGGUUCAGUCGGAAGUGUCGUAAAGUGAAUCACUCCACCAGCUCUCUCUCAUUUCUGAUUCCUUCCUUCUUCAACUUCUCAUUCAGUGAGGAUGACCCUCUGGUUCAGAUAAGCAUAGAUGACACAAGGGGGAUCUUGUAUGCUCGGACACAGAAGGGAACCAUUCAGGUAUUUGAUCUUGGUGAAGACAAGAAAGGUAUGGGAAGGAUUGCCUCACUGUCACAGGCCACUAUAUUAAAUGCAGCCGGAGAUAUUGCUCGAAACAUAGAGGUCUCCAAUUUCAACUCCAUAGUUUACAUCUCUGCCAUAACCCAGAGAGAGUCACAUGUAGUUCACCUGGUGGCAGUCACAGACACAGGUGUACGUCUGUACUUUACAACAGUGCAUUUCAAGCAGACAGGAACACGGCCUUCUACAUUGUCUUUGCUUCAUGUCAGGCUUCCACCAGGGUUCUCUGCCACAUCAACUCCACAGAAGCCAUCAAAGGUGCACACUGCCUACCACAGUCAAGGUACACUUCUGCUAGUCUCCAACCAAAAUGAGGACAAUGACCUCAUGUGGGCCAUGAGUCCUGAUUCCUUCCCUUUCUCCAGGCAAAUGAUGGAGCUGCAUACCGCAGUUCCUAUUGACGGCAAAACCUGGGCACUAGAUGAAGUCAAGUACCAGUCCAUCUUGGAUCCUGUUCCAGCACUGGCGAUAACUGCACAUUCCAGGCCAGAUCCCCCUGCUGUGGUCAGUCAGCAUGCACUUCCACCUCGAAAGUUUGUUGUGCUUGGUGCUCAAGGCAUCCACAUUAUACAGAAACUGAGACCACUGGAGCAGCUGAGACAGUUGAUGAUUGAAUAUGGAGGGCCAGAUGCCGAACAGGUCAAGGCUUUCUUUAGGCUGCAUAAGCUCGACCAAGCCUGUGCGACGUGUCUUGUCCUGGCUUGUUCAAGAUCUUCAACUGAUCAACAGGUUUCUGACUGGGCCAGGAUGGCUUUCUUUAUGUACGGUGGAGAGGCUCAGUACAACUUCACAAGCUUGAGAGCACCAUUGUCUAAUGUCUCAUUUUCAGCAGGUGGACCAGGACACUUGUCAAAUACUGUGUUGUACAGCCCUGGGUCAAUGGGUGGGUCAAUGAUUCCUGGAACACCCAUGCAGAACAUGCCUCCGAUGCACAUGUCAACACCAGCAGGACCGGUAUUCACUUCACCAGUAGCAAUGGGUUCUGCUCUGAAUCCAGCACAGGAGCUUAUCUACUCCGGGAAACAUAAUGGAAUCUACAUCUAUCUCAGUAGGAUCUUGCAGCCUUUCUGGGACUGUCCUGUGUGUACCAAGUUUUCUUGUACUUCCAAAGAGGGCACGGUCACAUAUUUAACCAGCAGUUUCACUGCAGACCAGCUGUGUAUGACCUUGGAGCUCGUCAGAGAUCUUUCUGAUUUUGUCGACUUUAACUCCAAAUUUGACCUAGAUUCACAGACGGAUAUUUUGAGUAUUGGCCGAGGUCUGCGCUAUGAUGGAGGAAUGGAUGAACACACCAGAAAGCGACUGCAAAUGGAGGCCCAGAGACUGGAGAAAAUAUCAUUGCAGCAUGUACAAGACUUAAUGCGUAGAGUGGAGGAGGUCAUUGGCUUGUGGCGGCUGCUGGCCGACCAUCAGUUUCAUAUACUGGCGGCUGCUAUGUCUCAGGACAUGCAGACCCAGCUGGCAAACAUGAAUUUCAAAACUCUUGUCAUCAACGGAAAGGACGUAUGUAACACUUUAGUAAAAUGCUUGAUUAAUCGCUACCUUGAUGACAAUGCAACUAUUGAUGCUAUAAGUGCCAAACUGCGACAGGUGUGUCCAUCUCUUUACAGUACAGAUGAUGCAACUUGCUCAAAGUCCAAUGAGCUGCUGCAGGCUGCCAAAGUCAGCCAGAAUCAGCUAGAGAAAAGACAACAGUUGCAAGAAGCCUUGCAUCUUCUCAAGGGAGUCAGCCAGCCCUUGAACUUGAACAUCAUCUGCUCACAGCUGGCUCAGGUUCACUACUACCUGGGCAUAGUGGAACUGGGGCUCAAUGAAGCCCGCAAGGCUGACCCACAACAGCUUGCCGUUCAUUUCUAUCAGAACGGAGAGCCCCAGGAGGAUAUUCAGGGCAUGCAGGCAUACAUUGCAAGAAUGGAAUGCUACCAGUGUGUGAUAGACAUACUGAACUACCUGUGGUCAGCAAGUGUCAGCCACCCGCAGGCACCCAGUGUUCCCCAGUCACCAGGUCCUCCAGCCACAGCAGACUCCUGCCGGAUAGAUGCCCAACAGGCAGAGCAAUAUAGAGAAGAAAUGUUUCAGACGGCUCUGCGGAGUGAUGACCCCUUGUUUCAUGCAGCUCUUUAUGAUUGGCUAUUUGCAAAGAAUAAUGCACACAAAUUGUUGGAGAUCAAUACUCCAUUUGUUGAGCCCUACCUGAGGCGUAAAGUCAACUUGCAGACAGACAACACAAGUGCCCUGGAUAUGUUGUGGAAAUACUACGAGAAGACAGAAAACUUCCAGGCAGCCACCCGUAUACUGGCUCAGCUUGCAGAGAGACAGAGCUCCAACAUAAACUUAACCCAGAGGUUGGAGUACUUAUCCAGAGCUGUUAUCUGUGCUAAGAGCUCCACCUCUAGGCUGGGUACCUCAGCAGCCGGAGAGUUCUUGCAUGAACUGGAGGAAAAGAUGGAGGUUGCCCGUCUCCAAAUGCAAGUGUACAAAUGUCUCUCCAGUAUGGGGAAGUCCCCGGAUGUGGAAGCUGCCAAGUCAAAGCUAGACUCUGAACUUUUGGACAUCACUUCUCUGUACGAAGACUUUGCUGAUAGGUUUGACCUCCAUGAAGUGAAGCUGGCUAUAAUCCACUGUGCAGGCUUGUACGAUACUGCGCUGAUUGAGAAUCUGUGGCAGAACAUUAUUGACAAAG